AUGAAUAAUUCUGGGUCGUCACAAUCAGAGCUUGACGAUGAGGAGGAGGAUCAGCCAUAUGCGGAGUUUUGGAUGGGCAGCCACGUGUCUGGACCCUCUUUCAUUGUUUUGGAUGGUUCAGAACAAAGAGUGACCCUUAAAUCUUGGCUUUUGGAGAAUCCUAACGUGCUUGGACCAAAGGUUGUGGAGAAGUGGGGUGGUGAUCUUCCCUUCUUGUUUAAGGUGCUGUCCGUGGACAAGGCCUUGUCUAUACAGGCUCACCCUGAUAAGAAUCUGGCCAGAACAUUGCUUAAGUUGCACCCUGAUGUUUACAAGGAUGGGAAUCACAAACCAGAAAUGGCUCUGGCAGGGACAGAGUUUAAGGUUCUAUGUGGAUUGGUCACUCUUAAGGAGCUUAAGGCCGUGCUUACUGUCCCUGAGGUUGUGGAGCUGGUUGGUGUUGAAAAUGUUAACUUGGUGUUACAAAUCACUGAUGAGGAUGGUGAAGAGAAGGUUAAGGCUAUUUUGCAGUCUCUUUUCACUGACGUCAUGUCAGAAAGUAAAGAGAGUGUAACUGGUGCAGUAGACAAACUGAGAAUCGUCUGCAUAAGGAAAGUCAGGCAGUUGACAGAUAAGGAGCAACUGGUACUGUGGUUGGAAAAGCAAUAUCCAUCUGAUGUUGGUGUCAUAGCAGCCUUCUUUCUUAACCAUGUGAAACUCGCUCCGGACGAAGCCUUAUUCCUUGGAGCAAAUGAACCUCAUGCAUAUAUCUAUGGUGAGUGCAUUGCAUGCAAGGCAACUUCUGACAAUGUUGUAAGAGCUGGCCUCACUCCCAAACACAGAGAUGUCCAGACUCUUUGUUCCAUGCUCACAUACAAACAGGUAAAUGAUAAAGGACAAAAUUUAAAUGAAGUUCCUUAGAUGUUUCAGGUGUUGUUUUCAAAUCGAAUUGGAAUUUCAUCUUGGUUAAUUAUUUGCUCAGUAAAUGUUUGUUUUAAAUGUUAAUAUAAGUUACUAAGGUGAAAUUCCAAAUCUGAUUGGAAAACAACACAAAAAAAUUCAAGGAAGUGCAUCUAAAUUUCAUUCAAUGAUAUGCAAUUUUCUAGGACUAUACUGUUUGCUAUGGUUACACUUCCAUACACACAUAAGAUUCUGAUAUAUAAGAUGUGUCAAAUUUUCUACGGCGACUUGUUAAACCAUGAAUUUCAUCCUUGUACAC